AUGAUUCUUGCAGUUGCCUACGCUGCACCUGUUGCAGAGGCCGAGGCCGAGCCAUUGCCCGAGGCUAAUGCUUUGCCGGGAUGGGGCUGGCACAGAGUGAACCGAAACGAGGUGAUUUUCAAGAGAGAGGCAUCGCCAGAGGCCGAGGCCGAAGCCGGCUGGGCCUGGCACAGGGUGUCCCGCAACGAGGUGAUCUUCAAGAGAGAGGCCGAAAUCGACUAUGGACUAUUUAUACCCUAA